AAGGAAGAACAGGAGCACCUGCGAUUUUUCUCGCUUCUCGCCGUUUCUGACGGUUUCUAGCGUCGGUGGGAAAAUUUGGACGGGGAUCAAUCGAGAGAUGACUGAUGAGGAACGGAGUCGCGAUCCAACCUGUACGAAUGCCGGCCAAUGAAUCGCGCAGGCACACCCACUUUCACAAUAAAUAUUUACGAUGGUCGAACGUAGCAGAUUUAGAAAAGAAGAGGAGAAAGAUUAUAUUAGACAUAACCUAAAUCUGAGAUAACAAGUUUCAAACAGAACUUUAUAUCUUGUCUAGCUGCAACAAUGAUAAUUAAUCUGAUAGAUGCACAUUGGUUCCCGUUGGCGUCGCAGGGAAAUAUUUACUCGAUGACUAAAUUAUGCUCUUCUAAUGGUUCUAAUAAACUGUUAGUGGCAUCUUUAAAAAGAAAGAUAUAUUCCUGCGAGUAUCAUCUAAUGUUAGAUUUGAACCUGAGACCUAUGGUGAAGGAACUGCUCUUUACAUACAUUCCCAGUGGUGCAGAAAUUAUUUCUAUCGACGCUUACAAUAAGUCAGAUACUGCUGAUAGUUUUGUAAUAGGAAUAACAAUUAUUAAAACAGGUGCAGACACAAUUGAGAGAUAUCUGAAUAUAUACACAGAAGGUGCAGUAGAUGGUGAAGGAGAUGAAGGUACUUCAAUUGAAGCCAUAGCUCAGAAUUGUCUUAUGGUGGAAUUGUCUUAUACUCCUUAUCAUUUGUAUCACACCAUUUUACCUCAGCAAAAUUCCGCACAUGAGAUAGUCUGGUUAAUAUCUGGUAGUGAUUAUAAGAUACAUAUGAUAAGAGAAGAUAAGUUGAGCCAUGGUUAUAGUGAAUCCUCCAUUGAGAAAUAUUUUCCCGAGUUACAUGAUAUUCAAACCAUUGUCCUAUGGAUUAAUAUUUAUUAUUACAAUGAAUACAGAUGGAGAGUUACUGCUGUUGGCUGUGAAUGUGGUCUAGUCAAAGUUGCUAUAGUAAAUGUAGUGGACUUGGAAGUUUUUCAAAGUUGGUUACUGAGAUACGAUCAACCUGUGCCCAAUGUGACAGUAUUCUCACAACAGAAUACUAUCGUUAAACCAGUCUUCGUAGAUUCAAAUUCCAAAGGAUAUAUUCUUGAGCAGAAUAAGCCAAAACUAAAUGUUGUUGUUUCGAGUACAAGUCAUGCUAUUGUCUUUGAAGAUAUAUUGGAACGUGGAAUGAAACAGGAUGUAAUACUGAAUGGUAGUGAAUCUUCAGAUUGUAUCCUGUGCUGUUGCAUAGCUGACAUAAAUAUGGAUGGGCAAAAUGAGAUAUUACUUGGCACUUAUAAUCAGGAGGUUCUGAUCUAUACAUUAGUGAAUGAUACAUGGGAAUUAACUGUUAGAAAGCUAUUUGAUGCUCCUGUACAUUCUAUAAGCUAUAUGGAUAUAACAAAUGAUGGUCUGAAAGAACUGAUUGUACUUACACAACGUGGUGUACACAUAUUGCAGCAUAAUAUAGUGGACACGCGAGUAAAGUGGAAGGACCGUUUAAAAAAAUUAUUUGAUGUACUGUAAAAGGAAAAUUGCAACAAUUCUAACACAAGGUAAUUUUGUUGCAAACAAUAACGUUUGUUUUGAUUCCUGAGUUGAAACCAUGUUUUUUUUUAUAAAAUAUU